AUUCGAUGGAACUACUAUUAUAGUCCAUUGUUAACCCGUCGUCUCCCUUGUGGCUUCUCCUCUCUCUCGUUCCUCUCUCUUCCUCCCUCGAAACUGAAUACCUGCACUAUCCCUCUCUGGCUCAAUCUGAUUGCUUGCCUUUGCUUCUAGAAUUCGUCCGCCGGAUAACGAAUCAGUGAAGGAAUCGGGCGUCUCGCCGAAGAAAAGUCCGCAAUCUACACGAUCUGCUGUACGAAUUGAACUGCAAAGAAUGGGGGGAAAUGGACCUUGAAAUCCUUCUUCCGUUCAACACGAUGAGAUUCCAGAGACUAAACAGCCCAGACAUCGUCGUCCUCAGCAGUGGUAGAAAAUCAGGCUUGAAACCGUCGGAGGAAUACGACGCCGUGGAGGACAACGGAUUCCCAAGCUGCUCACCGCUGGAAGUUAAAGCAUUGAAGGGAAAACCCAACGCCGCCUCGGACUACCGGUCCCCGAGCCGCGAUCCGCCCUUCUUCAAUGUCUCCUCCUCGGAGGCGGCGGUGCACACCUACGGCAUACCUUCCUCCUCCCUCACUUCUACCCUCCCGGCUCCGACGAAGGAUCUCGGCAACCACCAGGUCAACGGGGCGAGCCACGGCGACGUCCUCUUCCAGUGGGGGCACCGGAAGCGGUCGCGCUGGCUGAGGACAGAAGCCCGCGCGUCGUCAGUCGCAGCACCGGCGGCAGCGGAAGGGAGCGAGUCGCCGGCCCACUCGAGGCAGAUGGUCAAGCUCCAACGGAGGUCAUCGGCAGCCCCAGCGGCCGCUGCAGCCCUCGCCUUGCCUACUCCCUGCGGGCCUUACGCUACCAGAACGAGGCCAUGCCAUCCCGGCCGCGACUCGAGGGCGUCUCUUGCCAACAGGAGCGUCGAAGAUCGAUCGGAAGGCCGAGCUCGACCCGAGAAGCGAUCCCCGCCAGAGAAGGUUCUCAGAUCGCCUCCCAUCGCCUUCGGCAGCGACGCGGCAGAUCCGGACCCGAAGCAGCUUCCGCUGGCAUCCGAUUCGAAGCCCAGCACGGCGAAGGAAAGAAUCAAUCUGGAUCACUUCGAGUGGCCAAGGAUCCAGCUCUGCCUCUCGAGGAAGGAGAAAGAGGACGAUUUCUUAGCCAUGAAGGGCACCAAGCUCCCCCAGCGCCCCAAGAAGAGGGCCAAGAACAUUGACAGGACCUUGCAGUAUUGCUUCCCAGGGAUGUGGCUUUCGGAGUUGACGAGGGGAAGGUACGAAGUAAGAGAGAAGAAAUGCGUGAAGAAGCAGCAGAAGCGAAGAGGAUUGAAGGGAAUGGAGAGCCUGGACAGUGAUUCCGAGUGAAGUUAAAUGUCUGCCAAUCUAAUUUUUCUCUUUUUUUUUUUUCUUUUUUUUUCUUUCUUCUUCUAGAAAAAAGGAUUAGCUCUACAAAUUGUUCAAUUUCUGGUAAUGAGGAAAAGACUCGUCCUUAAAAGUUGCAUUUGUUAUUUCUUGGGCUUUUUUCGGCACAUGUUUUGUUUUGGAUUUGUUCUACGGAAGGAUGCAUUCCAUUUUAUCGAAUGUUCAAAUUGCUUUGAAUUCCGAAUGUAAAUUUUGAGCUCA